UCGUGAAACUCAACUCUCUAUAUCCCCUUUGCCCACCUUAUCUAAGCGUGCCCUUUUUUCGUUACUCUGAGAGUGUGAGGGCAACAAAGAUAGAUAGCAGCUAGCCAUGGCGUCUUUGGCUCAGCAAUUCAUAGGCCUGAGAUGCCCACCUCUCUCAACCUCGCGUCUCUCAAAGCCUUCCUCAACAAAGCAUACCCACAAGCCCACUCUGCUGCCUAUUGUCUCAGCUGUAGCCAUCUCAAACGCACAGACCAGAGAACGCCUUAAGCUCAAGGAACUCUUUGAAGAAGCCUACGAACGCUGUCGUACUGCCCCCACGGAAGGUGUUGCUUUUACCCUUGAAGAUUUCCAUGCUGCUCUUGAUAACUACGACUUCAAUUUUGAAAUUGGAACAAAGAUCAAGGGAACUGUUUUCUAUACAGAUAACAAUGGAGCACUAAUUGAUAUUAAUGCAAAGUCUUCAGCAUACUUGCCUUUGCAUGAGGCAUCAAUACACAAGAUAAAACAUGUAGAAGAAGCAGGCAUAGUUGCUGGUUUGAAAGAGGAGUUUGUGAUUACUCGUGAAAAUGAAGCUGAUGAUAGCUUGGAGUUGAGUUUAAAGUACAUCCAAUAUGAACUUGCGUGGGAACGAUGUAGACAGUUGCAAGCAGAGGAUGUCGUUGUCAAGGGUAAGGUUGUUGAUGCAAACAAAGGUGGAGUGGUGGCUGUGGUGGAAGGCCUUAGAGGUUUUGUUCCUUUCUCUCAGAUAUCGUCGAAAUCAACAGCAGAGGAGCUUCUUGAAAAGGAGAUUCCUCUAAAGUUUGUGGAGGUGGAUGAGGAAACCUCUAGGCUUGUUCUCAGUAACCGCAAGGCCAUGGCUGACAGCCAGGCACAGUUAGGAAUUGGAUCAGUGGUCGUUGGUACUGUUCAGAGCCUGAAGCCAUAUGGUGCCUUCAUCGAUAUUGGUGGAAUCAAUGGCCUUCUUCAUGUCAGUCAGAUCAGUCAUGACCGUGUCUCUGAUAUUGGAACAGUUCUUCAACCUGGUGAUACUCUUAAGGUCAUGAUACUGAGCCAUGACCGAGAGAGAGGCCGUGUAAGUCUAUCAACCAAGAAGUUAGAACCUACUCCUGGUGACAUGAUUCGCAAUCCAAAGCUUGUUUUCGAGAAGGCAGAGGAGAUGGCUCAGACAUUCAGGCAAAGAAUAGCUCAAGCAGAAGCUAUGGCUCGUGCAGAUAUGCUUCGGUUUCAGCCCGAGAGUGGAUUAACUCUGAGCUCUGAUGGUAUAUUGGGUCCUCUUACUUCAGACUUGCCAGCAGAGGGUCUUGAUCUGAGUGAUAUCCCCUCAGCCGAACAGUCUGAUUAAGACUGGAUAGUUAUUGUUUUUUAGAGCUUUCCUGUAUCAAUUUCAUUGUAAAAAUGGCACCAAAAAAUCCGUAACUUUGCCUCUAAGCUAAUUUUUUAAAAAAAAGAAAAGAAAAAAAAACAUUUUUUAAUUGAUCUCAAA